ACCUCCACGCUUUACAGCAACGCCCGACGCUGUCUACGAAGUCAUGAGGCCGCCAAAACCCAUUCAAGCUAGCAAGUCUGUCAUGACAUUGCCCAAACUCAUUCGAGCUAUCAAGUCUAGCAUGGCGAACUAUGUAUCCACUGCGAUGGUUACCUUACGCGUAGGUAAGGACCUCGAAAAGAAAGAUUUCAUGGUUCACGGAUCCUUUCUUACGAAACGCUCCGAAUUCUUUCGACGUGCCUUGAACGGUAGCUGGAAGGAGGCUGAGACGCGCAUCAUUAAUCUACCCGACGACGAACCUGAAAUUGUCGCCCUGUAUGUCAACUUUGUCUAUACAGGCCAACUUUCGACUGCACCCGAGAUCGGAAACAAGAACAACAACAACCAAGAUUCAAUUGGUCUCACAAAAUACGAGUUUCUUGAUUAUAUCCAUGAUGCAUACGACACUCUGUUCAGCAUAUUCAUCUUCGCUGAAAAGAUCCAGGAUAUCAAGACAAAGAACGCUAUAGUGGUAGCUGUUUUAUGCUUAUUGAAAACAAAGGGUCCAGAGGAUACCUUGACGGUACCAUAG